CCCCUGGCCAGAACAUCCCCAAAGAUGGCAGAGGAGGGCAGCAGUACCAGGGACUGUGAGUCUAUCAGCGUGCUCAACUGGGAUCAGGUUAGCCGGCUGCAUGAGGUCCUGACUGAGGUUGUACCCAUCCAUGGACGAGGCAACUUUCCAACCUUGGAGAUAACCCUUAAGGACAUCGUCCAGACUGUCCGCAGUCGGCUGGAGGAGGCAGGCAUCAAAGUUCAGGAUGUCCGACUGAAUGGUUCUGCUGCUGGCCAUGUUUUGGUCAAAGACAACGGCUUGGGUUGCAAAGAUCUGGAUCUGAUCUUUCAUGUGGCUCUUCCCACAGAGGCAGAAUUUCAGCUGGUGAGAGAUGUAGUUCUGUGUUCCCUUCUGAACUUUCUGCCAGAGGGUGUGAACAAGCUCAAAAUCAGCCCGGUCACCCUGAAGGAGGCGUAUGUGCAGAAGCUGGUGAAGGUUUGCACAGAUGCAGACCGCUGGAGCCUGAUUUCCCUCUCCAACAAGAACGGGAGGAAUGUGGAGCUCAAGUUUGUUGACUCCAUCCGGCGUCAGUUCGAGUUCAGCGUGGACUCCUUCCAGAUCAUCCUAGACUCUCUGCUUUUGUUCUAUGACUGCUCCAGUAAUCCCAUCUCUGAGCAUUUCCACCCCACUGUGAUUGGGGAGAGUGUGUACGGGGAUUUUGAGGAAGCCUUUGACCAUCUUCAGAACAGGCUGAUCGCCACCAAGAACCCUGAAGAAAUCCGAGGUGGGGGUCUUCUUAAGUACAGCAAUCUUCUGGUGCGGGACUUCCGGCCUGCGGACCAGGAGGAAAUCAAGACCCUGGAGCGUUACAUGUGCUCCAGGUUUUUCAUCGACUUCCCAGACAUUCUGGAGCAGCAGAGGAAGCUGGAGACCUACCUUCAAAACCACUUCGCCGAAGAAGAAAGAAGCAAGUACGACUACCUCAUGAUUCUUCGCAGGGUAGUGAACGAAAGCACCGUGUGCCUCAUGGGGCACGAGCGCAGGCAGACCCUGAACCUCAUCUCUCUCCUGGCCUUGCGAGUGCUGGCAGAACAAAACAUCAUCCCCAGCGCCACCAAUGUCACCUGUUACUACCAGCCAGCCCCUUAUGUCAGCGAUGGCAACUUCAACAACUAUUACAUUGCCCACCCUCCAGUCACCUACAGCCAGCCUUAUCCUACAUGGCUGCCCUGUAACUAACCUUAAGACCUGAGGGUUUCCACAGUGGGAACCCAUUUAGGGCAGGGGCUCUCGGGUAGGAGAGCCUCCUCCUAGACGUAGGUGUUUGGCUUUUAAAGGGGAACUCAGCUCUGACUCUGCUUUUCUUUGUGAGCCCAUCGGAAUAGGUCCACAGACUAUCAUGAGCCAACCCUAAAAAGGACCCAUUACAGUGCCACUCCAGAAGAUGCAAUAGGAAGUGUGACCUCUCUACAUCUUAAGACAGUCACUAACUUGUCACUUCCCAGACAUUAGCACAUGGGAUUUGAACUCUGCACAGUCUCUGAGAGUUGGGCAGCAUAUGAGAAGCAUUAAAUUCUCUCUUCUCAGCUAAGCCUAACAGUCCUGUGCAGGCUCUCAUUCAGGAUUCUCAGCAGUUACAUGGAAGCUGUGCUGAUAGUCUCUUACUGUGUCCGUUUUAGUCAGCCCCCCCAAACUGGUAAACACGAGGGUGCUCUUUGUGACCAAAUUUUCAUUCAUGGGACUGAGUUGUGUAUGUCUAGUCCCUGUCAGCAGAGCUGAGAGUUUCAUUCAUCAAUAAACCAAAGCCAAUAGCUGGAGACUUGAGAUCUGGUUGGAAGUGGUUUAUGGUAGAUGCUGGGCUGUAUCAAGGAAUUAUGAGAUAUUGUGGAAUAAAAAAAAUGACCUUUUCUUGAAAUGUAACUUGAAAACAAAAUAAAAUGUGGAACAUAAUGUUAAAAGUAGAAUUGUGGUGGUGGUGGGGUGGCGAUUGUCAAUAGGAAACAUGAAUGUUUUGUUUUUGUUUUUAUUUUCUGUAAGGAGUUCUUAUAGAAUGACAUGUUUUCCCCCCCUUUCAUUGACUCUCUGAUGACUGACUCUGCUCUUCCUGAGAGUGAGGACUGUGUUGUAUUUAGAGUCACUGUCUAUCUGACACAAGGUUCUUCCCAUGUUUUAAUUGGUAGCCCAUUUUUGGAUAUCAUUCCCAGUAUGACAGCUAUUUUGCUGGAGUACAUUGACCUUUCUUUUCCAAUCCCUACAAAAACAGUGAUUGCAUUCCCCAGAUAUUUUUCACAGCAGGAGAAUUUGGGAAUUCCAGAAGAGAGUAACCAGUGGACCCACUUUUGAAGUUCACUUCCCCUCUCCAAGUUGCAGGGGUGUAGGGGUUUAGUGUUGUCUUGCCUUGUGUGUUCUAGUCACCAAGGCACUUUGCUAUCACUCUGCUGUAUUUGGGGACGAGCUGAGUGAGUGAAGGAUAACCUUUCUUAUUGUGUAGAUUUGAGCAUCGUGUUUAUGUUCUGCACUUUAGAAGGAAAACAGUGUUAAUUGCUGGCCCAAAGCAAGCAGUCCAUGGGGAGAGAUCUGGGCAACUGUUGCCUUUACCUAGUAGGUUCAGAUGAGAGAUUUGAAACUUUCCAGGGGAUAUUUUAGAAUGUAUCACUUUAGUAUCAAGGGGAAAGACAUUCAAUAUCACCAGCAACCUGGAUUUCUAAAGCCAUUCCAUCAGAUCCAUGGGUUCAAUUUUUACUUUGUCCAGUGACCAUAAAAAUCCAAAGAUCCAAGUGAUUGCUUUGUAUUUGCUUUAAACAAUCUAGUUAUCUUCAUGCAAAAAGGCUUAGUGCAAAUGACAUAGCUGACCUUUUUCUAGUGAUGUGUUUCCAAGAUUCUUCUGGAAUGUGCUUUAUUGGUCCCCCUAAGAGUUGAUUGCAGUGCAUCUUCACUGGCCUCCAUAUUAAGCUAGGUCACCAUAAGCCACUUAGUAUAACUAGUUUCUGUUGCUCUGUGAAUCUUAGUUAUGUUUGAAUUCACUGGCUUUGCAUUCUGUGAUGGGGCCCGAGCCAGUUCAGUGUUGAAAGGAAGGUAAUGAAAAGCGAACCCAACUUUAAAAACCAUCGGUCAUCCAUGACCUUAAAAUGCUGCCAUUGUAGUGAAAUGAGAAUAUGUUUGCACAGAAAUAGAUUUGCUUAAUCAGAGUAUUUGAAGUGGGUUGGAGCCUCUCUCAAUGUAAGCACUUGCUAAUAGAAGCAGAAGUCAGGAUUGCAUCCACUGAGAGGGGUUGGGGACCAGUGGGGCGCUGGAAAAAACAUCUGGCUUCUUUUUGGAAUUCUUUCUGCUUUAUAUAUAUAUUUUCCCAGUCUUGUCAUAGUCACCUGAGAAUGGAGAGAGAGAGACACACAGAAGCUGUAAGCCACACUGUAUGAUGGCCCUUUUGGUAGUUUCUUUGCCUGCCCAGCUGUUUUGUAGUUUGAGAAUUGGUGUGUGUUUUAGAACCACCAUGGUAAAAAGUUGCAUUGACCAAAGCUCCAUUUUUAAGACACAACUCCUGGAUUGUCGUCAUCUGGACUAGAGGUGUAUCCACCUGCUCUGUGACCCUUCUACCAGACCAGAAAGAGGCCAGGAAACCUUACAUUUAUUUCAGAAGUCAGGAAGUUCUUUCUGGAACCUGCCUUUGGUGCUGCUCGCAUAUGCACUAGCCACCCUUAUUUGUAAUGUAUCCAGUGACUCCUCUUUGUGUGUGCUGGGUAAUGAGAAACUUGGCUUUGGCAGAGGGCACUGAAAUGCAAGUGCAGGCUCUAACUGGGUCCACCCUCCCAGUCUGCAGAGUCAGCAGCAGCUGGGUUGAAAACUGUGCCUUCAUCGUUGAGUGCACACACAUGCACACACACCUGGUCCUUGGCCUUGAGCUUCAGGCUCACCCUCCUCCUUGGCAACAAGAUACUGCUCCUAGGUCAGUCAUUCUAAUGCUGAGAUGAAACUCUGGUUACUAACACCUCUAAAUCAAAUUCCUGGUGACUGCUUAUGGACUGAGUCAUGGCCUACACCUGGGACCUGGCGGAUGAGUGAAGUGGGGUAGGGAAUAUUUUUGUCUUGGUUCUUGAGUUUUGGGGUUUUUUUUUUUGUUUGUUUGCUUGCUUUUUUUGUUUUUUGUUUUUUUGGCUUUCCAGUGUUUUCCUCCUCCUGUUUGAUUUAACUUGGAACUUGUGUCAUGGUGAUCUCUCUGUGGAUCUGCACUUUGUGUUAAUGUAGUAAUAGUCACCUUGCUAAGCCCACAGUCUGCUCACCUUCUAGCUGACCUGGUGCUGGCCCCUUCAUGGUGGUUUAGGAUUUUACCCAGUACUGCUUUCGUUUUCGGAUGUAUCACCACUGAGAACCAACUUUGAUCUUUCCUUUAGUUAUCUCUCUUGUACUGGUGCCCUGUUUCAGGACACAGCUAGACUUGGCUCAAAAGCUUUAGUCUAUACUCUGGGUAAAGUAUAGUUAUCCAAGCAUCCUGAUGCCUCCCGGCCUUUACUUCUGAGUGUCUAAUGGGGCCCUGCACUGGGGAAAACCCUUGGAGGUGUGAUUUUAGAAAUUGAAAGAUUUCCUAAUUUUCAAAGUUGGAUUUACAUCAUUAAUCUGAGACAGAAUUUCACAAUAUCACAGCUAAUUUUGGAAUGUAGCCUAAUUUAACCAAUUGGAUCCAGAGGGGUGAGGAGAGGCUCUUAAAAAGGCCUGGCAACCUCUCAGGAUUAUUUGUGGAGCUCUCUGAGGAAAGAAAAUUACAUUUUUUUUUUUUUUUUGUGAAUUCAAGUGCCUUCAUCUUGUUUACCUAUCACUUAAAAAAAAAAAAAACUUUAAGUAUAAGCUUAAAGCGUUCUGGAGUUUUACCUGGGCUAUUGAGAUUUGGUGCAAAUUCUCAUGUGUGUGUGUGUGUAGGAAGGUGAGGUGACCAUCCACUAAAGAGGAAGGAACUGAUUAACAUGAUUUGGGGUCUUCUUUAAAAGAGAAUACAGCUACCUGGCCUUUUUGAGUAUUCGUGAAAACUUGAUUUUCCUGAAGCAUCUAUUUAUUUCCAAAUUAACAUGGAUAAAGACAAAAAUGCCCAGUGGACUCCAUUGGAAGCUCUUAUUUCUGUAUUUGUAUAGGCUGAAGUAUCCUUAGCAGUGUCUAGAGGUACGGGCUUCCUCCUUGGUACUGGUCACUCACCUUCUUACUUGAUGCAGAUGAGAUUUCUUAUCAGUGCAAAUGUAUUAGAACUUGAUGAAAUAAAGCUUUGAGUUUGAGAAAUAAAGGUAUAUUUAAAAGUGUA